GAGCUCGGGCGUUCCUCGCGGCGGGACGAGGAGGAAGUCACCUGGCUUCCUGCCUGGCGCGCGCGCGGAGCGGACCUCGGAGACGGGCGACGCCGACCUGCGGGGGGAGGAAUGGCGAACCCCGCCGUCCGUGUGCCCGGCGGGAAAGCGGAGUCGGACGUGAGACAGAAUGGGCGAAGCGGCGGGGUCCAUACGAAGAACGGAUGCCCCCCGAGAGAGAAAAAGGACUCGGGGGAUGGAUCUACCCGCAGGCUGCAUAGCCAGGAGUCCUUUGAACAGGCACCCAUGUAUGUGGCUGUGUUGACAUAUCUUGGCUUUGGUAUUGUCACGCUGUUUGGCUACUUCAGAGACUUCCUCAGAGCCGUGGGCCUCGAAAAGUGCCACCUUGCCCGGGAAAGGGAAGAACAGAAGGAUUUUGUACCACUUUACCAGGAUUUUGAGAACUUUUACACUCGGAACUUGUACAUGAGGGUACGAGACAACUGGAACCGGCCUGUAUGCAGCCUGCCGGGACCCGCGUUUGAUUUGAUGGAGAGGGUGUCUGACGACUACAACUGGACAUUCAGGUUUACUGGGAAGACCAUCAAAAAUGUCAUCAACAUGGGUUCCUACAACUACCUCGGUUUUGCUGAGAACAACGCUGACUUCCUGAAAACUGUGGUCGACACAACGCAGCAGUAUGGGCUUGGGGUCUGCAGCACGAGACAGGAAAUGGGUAACCUGAGUCUCCAUGAAGAGUUGGAGCGACUUGUUGCCACCUUCCUUGGCGUCGAGGCCUCCAUGACCUUUGGGAUGGGCUUUGCCACCAACUCCAUGAACAUCCCAGCACUUGUUGGCAAGGGCUGCUUAAUAUUGAGUGAUGAGUUAAAUCACACAUCUCUUAUCUUGGGAGCCAGAUUGUCAGGAGCGACCAUACGCGUCUUCAAGCACAACAACAUGAAGAGUCUCGAGAAACUACUGAGAGAGGCCGUGUGCUCUGGGCAACCCCGCACCCACAGACCCUGGAAGAAGAUCCUCAUCAUGGUGGAAGGCAUCUACAGCAUGGAGGGCUCGGUGGUGCGGCUGUCUGAGAUCGUGGCUCUGAAGAAGAAGUACAAGGCCUACCUGUACCUGGAUGAAGCCCACAGCAUUGGCGCGGUGGGACCGACGGGGAGGGGCGUGACGGAGGUGCUCGAUGUGAACGCGGCCGACGUGGAUGUGAUGAUGGGCACCUUCACGAAGAGUUUUGGGGCUGCAGGAGGCUACAUCGCCGGGAAGAAGGAGCUGGUGGCCUACCUGCGUAGCCACUCCCACAGCGCCGUGUAUGCCUCCGCCAUGUCUCCACCUGUGACCGAACAGAUCAUGCGUGCCAUGAAGUGCAUCAUGGGACUGGAUGGGAGCACCAUGGGCAUCCGCAGGAUCCAGCAACUGGCAGAGAACACCCGCUACUUCAGGGCCAGAUUGAAGGAGAUGGGCUUUAUCAUUUAUGGUAAUGACGAUUCGCCUGUGGUCCCCAUCCUGCUCUACAUGCCGGGAAAAGUGGUGGCCUUCUCACGAGCCAUGCUAGAGAGGCGGAUUGGUGUGGUGGUUGUCGGCUUCCCAGCCACACCAAUUACUGAGGCACGGGCACGCUUCUGUUUGUCUGCAGCACACACCAGAGCCAUGCUAGACCAGGUGCUGCACCACCUGAACGAGGUAGGAGACGCCCUGUGUCUGAAGUUUUCCCGGCGAAAAUACCCCCCCCCGACCGACGUCUGUGCCGAGACGGACUCGGAGAUAGACAGCUAAUGUAAACCCAGACGCCCUGACAGGGUCUUGUAAGUUUCUGUGCCAGAGCAGAAACUGACGGUGUCCUUACGGGUAUUACCCCUGACAGUUACAGGCCAAACAGGUGGCAGCUGCUGUGUAUAUGUUUUUAAGAUUUGUAGGUAAAUAUUUUAUAAACAAAGGCAAUGACUUUACUGUCUAUUUUUGAAUGCAAUGUAUUGAAACAGGGAUGAGAUACACUCAGGCACUUUUUUUAUAUAUAGACAAAAAAUAUAUAUAGAUUCACACAGUAAAUGCCUAUCUGCUGUUUUAAAAAAAAACAUUAUUGAUUUUCAUGUUAUUACUUUAAGUUGCAAGGAAGUUUUAUUUUUAACUCCUAUUGCUAAUCAAACCUCUUAAGGCAUGCCAAGACGUUUUUAUGCAGGCAUUUCUGCAGGAUUUCUGCACAACACACUUGCGUAAUAAAACAGUUUGU